AGGGCGUUGUCUUCUUCAGUUACUUAGGGUUUGCGAUUUUCAUUCAAUUCCCACUAUAGUAUCUCAAAUCUCCCAUUUUUUUAUUUUUAUUUUUGCUUCUGCAACUCUAAAAAUCGGUUAUUUAUCGACAUUAUCUCACUCUAGUUUGAGUAGAAACCUUUCGGUCUCGGCGUUGCACUUGUAUGCAUAUAAAUGAAACACAAAUAACAUAGGGAUGGUGGCAUGGUACUCCCUUUUACCAAAUACAUUCUGUUUCGUAACCGCUUGUUCAGAAAGUUUUCUCCUUUACACAGGAUUUCUCAAGGGCAUGUUUGCUUUGAGCAGUUCAAUCCGUUUCUGCAAAAAAAUUAUUCUUCUGGCCGCUGUGAAAGAUUAUCAUGGGAACGUUCCACCCAGGAAAUUCUAUUGGGGAAGCUUAAAUUUUCUCUGAGGAAUCAUCAGGUGCAUGAGGCAUGGGAAUCUUUUCAGGAUUUCAGAAGCCUUUAUGGCUAUCCUGAGGUUCAUCUAGUGAACCAGCUCAUUGUUCAAUUGUCCUACUCUUCUAAUCAAGUUUGGAUGCGGAAAGCUUGUGAUUUGGUGUUGCAAAUUGUUAAAGAGAAGUCAGGUUUACUUCAUGCUGAUACCUUAACCAAACUUGCGCUUUCUCUAGCUAGGUUGCAAAUGCCAUCCCCUGCCUCAGUGAUACUUAGGUUGAUGCUUGACAAAGGGUGCGUGCCCUCUAUGCAUUUAUUGUCUUUGGUUGUUUUUCAUAUUGUGAAGACAGAAGUUGGAACACAUCUUGCAUCGAAUUAUCUGUUUCAAGUUUGUGAUUUUUACAAUUUUUUGCAUGAUAAAAAGGCUCACCAUGCAGUCGCCGUUAAGCCGGAUACUUUGGUCUUUAACCUUGUUCUUGAUGCUUGUGUGAGGUUUAAAUUGUCUUUGAAAGGCCUGUGCCUGAUUGAGUUAAUGUCUCUGAGCGGGACCAUGGCUGAUGCACACUCAAUUGUGAUAAUUUCGCAGAUUCUAGAGAUGAAUGGUUUGAGAGAUGAACUGAAGGAAUUGAAAGAUCAUAUUGGUAGAGUUUCUGCUGCUUAUGUUCGUCACUAUCGUCAGUUCUAUGAUAGCUUGUUGAGCUUGCACUUUAAAUUUAAUGACAUUGAUGCUGCUGCAAAGCUUGUUGUGGAUAUGACUGGCUCGCAUAAUUGUAAUGUGAAACCAGAAUGUGGGAAACACUUGCAUAAUCCUUGCUUUAUUGCCAUUGGAUCUCCUAACCUUAAGAUUGCAUUAAAGAUACAUGUUGAGCCUGAGCUACUGCAUAAGGAUUCUGUCCUCAAAGUAGAAAGCAGACAAGAUCUUAUUUUUUAUAGGGGUGGGAAACUAGUUCUUAGUAACAGAGCUCUGGCUAAGUUCAUUAGUGGUUACAAGAAAGAUGGGAGGAUCGGUGAACUUUCAAAACUUUUACUCAGUAUUCAAGAGGAACUAUAUUCAGUGGCCGGAUCCAGUUUGUGUUUUGAUGUGAUAUGUGCUUGUAUUCAGUUUGGAUGGCUUGAGUGUGCUCAUGACAUUUUGGAUGAUGUUGAGGCCACUGGGUCUCCACUGGGCCAGGAUACAUAUAUGUUACUCGUGUCAGCAUAUCAGAGGGGGGGAAUGCUAAGAGAAGCAAAGGCACUGCUGAAACAAAUGAAAAAGGUUGGUUUGGACAAAGGAUUAUCCGAUGAUGCUAUUGACAAACACAACCUCUCCGAAGAAACAUUAAAUUCACUUGGUAAAGCAGAUCUGGCUAUUGCCUUGGCUCAAAUAUUGAACGAUGAAAAUCAGACAGUUUUUCCUUUGGUGUAUAACUUCAAUUCUUGCAUUUUCUUUUUCUCUAAGGCCAGAAUGAUAGAGGAUGCACUAACGGCAUAUAGAAAAAUGGUUGCCAUGAAAGUUCAACCCACAUGUCAAACUUUUGCCUUUUUGAUCUGUGGAUAUUCUUCUCUUGGUAUGUAUCGCGAGAUCACAAUCUUGUGGGGAGACAUUAAGAGAUUCAUGAGAAGUGGCAAUUUAGAGGGAAACAGAGAUCUAUAUGAGUUGCUGCUGCUAAACUUUCUUCGAGGUGGUUACUUUGAGAGAGUACUGGAGGUCAUUAGCCAUAUGAAAGACCAUAACAUGUAUACUGACAAGUGGAUGUACAAAAGUGAGUUCCUUAGACUUCAUAAGAAUCUUUAUAGAAGUUUAAAAGCAUCAAAUACAAGAACAGAAGCACAAAGCAAACGGCUUGAGCAUGUGCAGGAAUUUAGGAAAUGGGUAGGUAUUGAUUAAAGGUCUCUGGCAAAUAUUCAUGCGCUGGGGUACCUCCAUGUUUCCAGCAACACCCUGGUUGUAUGCGCCUUCUGAAUGUUAUGCCUGCUUAGGCUUAUUUGACGUUUAUUUAGUUUUGGUUGUCUUAAAUUAUUGUUCUUGGAAUUAAGUGGAAGUUUGGUUUCAUUACUCCCUAAUCCUAUCAUGAUCUUUAGAACGAAUUUCCUCAUAUUGAUGGUGUAGUUCCCAAUUUGAAGUGGAUAGAUUGCAUGAUCUUUCAUUACGCAACUCAUAAGUUCUGCCAAGUGGUAUACUGCUCAUUGAUGAUGUGCCUUUUUGGUUGAAAGAUAGCAUGCUGCUGCUGCUGCUUUUAGAGGUUGUGGAUGAAAUCAAUUGUACUUAUUUGCCAAGUAAAUGGAGGAAUUCUGACAGAAAGGCCUUUUUCCUUCACUUGUUUAUGGCUGAUGAUUUUUCUUGCACAGCAACUAACGUUAUACCAGACUUCAGUUGACUUGAAGUUGAAAGGAUGUACUACAUGUAUCAGCCCACUGUUAAAUGUUAGUAAUUAUAUAACUAUAUGUAGGAGUUAUUCAUUUGCAAGCUCAGGAUCUGAAACUAAAAGUAUCAAAUACAAGAACAGAAUCACACCAUUCGGUAUGCUCAAAUGUAAUCAAAGGGUAAUCUUUUUUUUAUUUUUUUUCAAUGAAAGUUAUGUUGAUCAUAAAAUGAGAGUAAAGAUGAACUAUUGGCAGGUGCCA